UAACCGCACAUUUUACCACAACUGACAACAUCUUAAUUAUAUAAUUUCAAUUUAACUGUAUAAAUUGUAAAACGUCCUAAGGUGCCUUACACAGACUAGCUGUAGAUACGUGAAUAAUGUUCCAGUUUGUUCCACUACUGCUUCUUGCAACCGAGGUGCUAUGCCAAGCAGGUGGACGUUCGUUUUACAAAUUUAGCGGUCCUCUAAGCGGACCAAUUCAAAAGAUCUUCGUGGACGGUUUACGUGGACCAUCCGUCGAUUACUUGGCCAAGCCGGAUUAUGCGUAUACGUAUGGCGUAGACGAUCCUGCAACGGGUAACUCGCACUCCAGACACGAGACAAGGGAUGGAAAUUCAGUAAGUGGUGAAUAUAGCCUGUUGGAGGCCGAUGGAACUGUACGAGUUGUUCGAUACACAGCCGACCCUAAAACAGGCUUUCACGCGUCGGUACAUUUUCGAAAAUCUUAAAUAAAUUGUUAAGCAAUCACUCGAUCUGUUAUUUGCAAAUGGUUUCCUUGUGGAGAACUUUGUAUGGUAAUCGUUAUUUGUUAAGGAAGUUGAACGUGUACGUGAGCUGAAGAUGAGAGUAAGCAAACAAUCCAUGCAUAGCUAAGUAACCUACUUUAAAUUGAUUUAUGCUGAAGUCGUUUGUGAUUUAUGGACGAGUGGCUGGCCAUUUCUAAUGAAAGUGAUUCAAAUAAAAGAUCUACAGAACAAUUUAAUUUUGUUCCUUUCGGUGUUUUCCACU